AUGGUGAUUGACCUUCUGGGGCCCUCAUUGGAGGACCUUUUUGUCUUCUGUGAUCGGAGGUUUACGCUCAAGACAACACUGAUGCUGGCGGAGCAGAUGAUUUCGCGCAUUGAGUUUGUCCACAGUAAGAGUGUCAUCCAUCGCGAUAUCAAGCCUGACAACUUUCUCGUUGGUGCUGGUAAGAGGGCGCACCAUGUCUAUAUCAUUGACUUCGGCCUCGCCAAGAAGUACCGUGAUGCCCGCACACAUCAACACAUCCCAUACAAGGAGGGCAAGAGCCUGACGGGGACGGCACGUUACUGUUCCAUCAAUACGCACAUCGGCAUCGAGCAGAGCCGCCGCGACGACCUCGAGGGGAUCGGGUACAUCUUAUUGUACUUCCUGCGCGGCUCACUGCCGUGGCAGGGCCUCAAGGCGCACACGAAGCAAGAAAAAUACGCACGCAUCUCUGAGAGGAAGCAGACAACAUCCGUAGAGACACUCUGUAAGGGCCUCCCAAUGGAGUUCGCCGCGUACCUCAACUACACCCGUGGUCUGGGUUUUGAAGAGAAGCCAGAUUAUACCUUUGUUAAGCGGAUUUUCCGCGAGUUGUUUGUUCGUGAGGGGUGCCAUGUGGACUAUGUCUUUGACUGGACUCUGAAGCGCAUCCACGACAGCCUACAGGAGGGUAAGUCUGAGCAGCAAAAACAACAACAACAGCAGCAGCAGCAGCAGCAAGAACAACGGAUCUCCGAUCAGGCGUAG